AUGGUUGACGGUCAGGGUGAUGCCCAUGAGGGUAAAGGUGAUGGGUAUGAGGGUGAUGGUGAGGAUCAUAGUGAUGUUGGUACAAAAAUGGUUGAGGGUGAGGGUGAUGCCCAAAAGAGUGAUGGUCAGGAUGUUGACGUCCAUGAGGUUAAGGAUGGUGAGGUCCAUCAUGUAGAGGAAGCUGAGGUACAUGAUGUAGAUGAUUUUGAGCUAGAGGAUUUAGGAGAGGAUGAUGAUGUAGAGGACAGUGAGGGAAAUGUGGGAGAACAAGCUUCCAAUGCAUUACUUGAGUCUGAACGGUCAACAGAUAAUGAAUUUAUUCAUGAUGUUUGUGGGUUGUCUGACAAUGAGUGGCUAUCAGAGGAGUUGAUUAGUGGAUCAGAUAGUGAGGACAAUGAUGGGUCGACUAAGAUAAGGUUUCCCACUUUUAGUAUGCCUAAAACUUUGGUGGGUUAUAAAUGGGAAGUAGGAACCUAUUUUGUUGAGAAAAAUGAAUUCACAGAUGCCAUAAGGACUUAUGCACUAAGUAAUGGGAGAAGUUUAAAAUUUAUUAAGAAUGACAAGAAAAGGAUUUCUGUGAAGUGCUUGAGUGGAAGAGGAUAUUGUAAAUGGUAUGCGUAUUGUUCCUUUAAGACUGAUUUCAGUGCAUGGCAACUGAGAAAAGUGUUUGAUGUUCACAACUGUAGUAGAGAUUUCAAUGUAAAGUUGAUGACUUCAAAGUGGUUGAGUGAAAGGAUGGAGAAAACUGUGAGAGAAAAUCCUACAAUGAAGGUCAUGGACAUUAGGGACAAAGUUACUAGGAAAUGGAAUGUAGGAAUUUCAAGAAAUAUGGCUUUUAGGGCAAGAGCAAUGGCAAAAGAUAAGGUUGAAGGAUCAUUCAAAGAUCAAUACAGAAGACUUCACGAUUAUGGUCAUGAGCUGCUGAAAACAAAUCCAGGUACAACAGUCCAAAUUAAAGUUGAUAACAGUAAUGAUGAGGUCAUAUUCCAAAGAUUUUAUGCAUGCUUGAAGGCAUGCAAGGAUAACUUCAUUUGUUGUAGACCUAUUAUUGGCUUGGAUGGAUGCUUUCUGAAAAGCAAGUAUGGAGGGGAGUUACUAACAGCAGUGGGAAGAGAUGGAAACGACCAAAUGUUGCCCAUAGCAUAUGCUAUUGUUGAGGUAGAAAACAAAGACUCCUAG